AAGCGCAGCUUAGCAAGAGUAGAGAGAAAAAAACUUACAGCAGAGCUCAAAAGUUUUGUAAACCAGAUUCAACACUCAUCAACAGAAAAAUGGAUCUGGGUGUUCUUCUACAAGCCUUAAUUCCCUCUUGGAACUCUGUUCUUGUAUUGGUAAUAUUCUUUGCUUACUUAGCUGUUGCUGGAUCCAUAUUACCUGGAAAACUUGUUCCUGGAGUCACUUUACAAGAUGGGUCUCGUCUCCAUUACCGCUGCAAUGGAUUGCUAGCACUUCUUUUGUUAGUUGGACUUCUUGGGGUUGGGUCUAAGAUGAAUUUCGUAUCACCCACGGUAAUAUCAGACAGAGGACUUGAGCUGUUCUCAACAACUUUCAUAUUCAGUUUUCUUACAAUGGUAGUACUCUAUGCUGCUGGUUGCAGGUCAUGCAGUAAAGGUUCUUCAUUAGAGCCUCACAUCACCGGAAACCUGAUACAUGACUGGUGGUAUGGGAUACAGCUUAAUCCUCAGUUUAUGGGUAUUGAUCUCAAAUUCUUCUUUGUUAGAGCUGGAAUGAUGGGAUGGCUACUCAUCAACCUAUCGAUUCUUGCAAAAAGUGUUCAAGACGGCUCUUUGAGUCAAUCAAUGAUCCUCUACCAGUUAUUCUGUGCGAUAUACAUCCUUGAUUAUUUUGUUCACGAGGAGUACAUGACCUCCACCUGGGACAUAAUUGCUGAGAGGUUAGGAUUCAUGCUGGUGUUCGGUGAUCUCGUGUGGAUUCCUUUCACUUUUAGCAUCCAGGGUUGGUGGCUUUUGAAUCAGAAAGUGGAGCUGACAAUGGCUGCUGCAAUAGCAAAUUGUUUUGUUUUUCUAAUUGGGUAUCUUGUAUUUAGAGGAGCCAAUAAGCAAAAGCAUAUUUUCAAACAGAAUCCAAAAGCACUUAUAUGGGGUAAGCCUCCAAAGGUUAUAGGGGGAAAGCUGCUUGCUUCGGGAUAUUGGGGAAUUGCAAGGCACUCCAAUUACCUGGGGGAUUUGUUGCUGGCUUUGUCCUUCAGUUUACCUUGUGGAAUAAGUUCCCCGAUUCCGUACUUUUACCCGAUUUAUCUGUUCAUUCUAUUGGUAUGGAGGGAAAGGAGAGAUGAAGCCCGAUGCGCAGAGAAGUACAAAGACAUAUGGGCUGAAUAUCGUAGACUUGUUCCAUGGAGAAUAUUUCCAUAUCUGUACUAGUCACAAAUUGGUGCAAUAUUUGCCUUGCUGGAUUUAUCUUGUGUCAUGAAUGUAGCUUGAAUAUUGGAUUAGUUGCCAAACUAUGUUACAUGUCGAAUAUCAACUGGUUUGUUUGAUCUUUUAAGAAGUUUUUGCGUGCAUUUGGAGGGUCA